AUGGCCUCAUCAUCAGGACACAUUACUCCCAUGGAGGAGAAGACUUUCAGCUUCUCGCCAUCAGCGCAAGUACCUCACUUUCUGCGUAACCAGUAUAGGAGCACAAGUUCUCGACCGACCUCCGGGCCGAGCAGCUGUGCCUCGUCGGUGAUCCACCUGCCCAUCUCGCCGUCGCGCAACGCCAGCUUCAACGAGAAGAACGCUUCUUUCUCUGUCCUGCAGACCCUUCCUAAGUUCACCGGCGAGAAUCCCGCAAACACUAGCAACCCAUCCACGGCAUCUUCCAUGACUGCAGCUGAGAAGCCGGCUAAGGAAGGCAGGAAGCACAACCUUGCUUUCUCCUUCUUUGCUUUACUUUCCGUCAUCCUUUCAGGUGUCGUGAUCGCUUUCGGCUGGAUCAAUACUCCUCAGCAGAAGCUCUGUCUCGCGUUUCAGGAUGACUUUACCGGACGUACCACGCUCAACACGGACAACUGGGAGUAUGAAGUCAAAGCCGAUGGUUUUGGAAACAAAGAGUUCCAGAUGACCACCACGCAGGCCGAUAACUCGUUCAUCGAGGACGGCAAGCUUUACCUGGUCCCUACGCUUACUUCGGACGAGGUGGGCGAAGCAGCCAUCACUGGCAACUACACCUACAGCCUCAACAGCACCUGCACUGCUUUUCCCCAAACCUCAGACGCUUGCGAAAGUGUCUCCAACUCUACGCUCGGGCAGGUCUUGCUGCCCGUCAAGUCGGCGAGGAUCCGAACCAAAGCAUCUAUCAACCGCGGCCGAAUCGAGGUACGAGCUCGACUACCAGCUGGUGACUGGAUUUGGCCCGCCAUAUGGAUGAUGCCUGAGGACUCGGUAUAUGGCGAGUGGCCCCGAAGCGGUGAGAUCGACAUUAUGGAGUCCAAGGGAAAUGUCGUCGAGUCUCGCAAGGAUCGCUUCCGUAACUCUGUCACUUCGACUCUGCAUUGGGGACCUUCUGCUGCUACGGAUCGUUGGGGUCUCACCAGUUCCAACUUUUCUGUUCCCCGCGACUACUUUUCGGAAGACUUCCACACCUUCGGUAUGGAUUGGACUCCCACCACAUUGACCACUUGGGUCGACAAGCCAACCCGUCAAAUUAUGAGGCUCGACAUGAACCGCGACUUCUUCGCUUUCAGCAAGCUCUCGCACCUUCUCUGGAACGGUACUGCGAUUCAGGAUCCUUGGAAUGGCAAGAAAAGCGCUCCGUUUGACCAGAACUUCUACCUCAUCCUCAAUGUUGCUGUCGGUGGUACUAACGGCUACUUUUCCGAUAUCGACCGCAACAAACCCUGGCAGAAUGGUGGCUCGAACCCUGUCGCCGACUUCUGGGCCGCCCGCUCGCGCUGGUUGCCCACCUGGCCUACUGACCCUAAAAGGCGUGGGAUGGCCAUCGACUCGGUCAAGAUGUGGCAGCGAUGCUAA